AUGACUUUUGCACGAGUUGAUUUCGCCGCCUCUCUGUUAACUAAUGGAAAAGUAUUAGUGAUCGGUGGGUAUAAGAAGAGUGCUGAAGUAUACGAUCCAUUUACAGGAACAUGGACCAGUACAAAUAGUAUGAAUUAUCCACGCCAUAGCCAUGUAGCAAUCGCACUUAGAACCGGUCAAAUAGUGAUCACUGGUAGAUCGUUUCCAACUAACGCUGAGUUAUAUGAUCCGUUGACAGAGGUCUGGACAAUGACGGGUGCUAUUAGUUAUCAAAUAAGUUACCACGCUGCAUGUUUGUUAUUCAACGGAAAAGUGCUAAUUAGCGAUGGAUUCGAUGGUCGUACUGUUCGCAGUAGUGCUGAAUUGUAUGAUCCAUCUACAGGUGUCUGGACUGCAACCGGAAAUAUGAGUACUCGUCGUAUUAAGCAAUGUGUUGAAAUAUAUGACCCAUCGACAGGAGUUUGGACGCCCGUUGAGAAUAUGGCGUAUGCACGCCGUGACCACGCAACAUUUGUGUUGUCAAAUGGGGAACUGCUAGUGAGUGGUGGACGAGGUGACAGUGAAAGUAUGUUGAAUAGUGCUGAAUUAUUUUACUAA